AUGCCAAACCAAUCCGAAGAUGAAAAACAACACCCCCGCCCCGUCCACAUCACUCUAACCUCAGAUGUCAAAACCGGCUCCGGCCAAACCGAAGGCAUGAUCCGCCAGGCGGCCAUCGUUGACAUCUCCCCGUCCAUCUGUGGCACCUUGAUGCGCGCCCAGCCGCAUAGUUCGAGUGCGGUGCACCAUCAUGGCGAGCAGGACACGAUUGUCUAUGCUGUUAGUGGCCACGGGAGUAUUGUGUCGAGAUCGUCAUCGUCGGCGGGCAAGUCAACGGCAGAUGAGGAUGAUGAUCUUAUUCGACAGAACCUCGGUCCUGGAGAUUGGGCGCUGAUCCCGGCGUAUAGGGAACAUCAGGAGGUUAAUUAUGGGGAUGAAGAGGUCGUUUGGGUUAUUGUGAGGGCGCCGGGGGGUGUUCCUGUUGUGGAGAAUUUGAAGGGAUGGGGAGGGCAGAAGGAAUGA